UUCAUUUUAAAACUCCAAACCAAACUGCAUAGACCGCCAGCACAUCACAAGGCUUAAUUUUUUUUUUCUUUUCUACAGUAGCUUAAAUAAGUAUUAUAUUAAGAGCGCCCUACAUUAGAACAUGUUUUUCAAUAAAAAUAAAAACGUGAAAUGAGCUAUUUUGCACUGUUGAUAAAAAAAUGAUUUUUCAGUUCAAAUAACCAUCACACAAAAGGACACACAAGGAGACCACUAUAUUUUUUUGGAUAAGCAGGACACCACUAUAUUAUAUGAAUAAAAUAACCACCAUCAUACAAGGACACCACUAUAUAACAACCAUUCGAUACAGUCAUACAGGCACUGAAACAACAAAGGCCAACCUGAACCAAAGUAACCAUUCGAUACACUACCCAAAAACUAAUUAGGCCAACCAUUAAUACACCAUGAUUUUCUAUUGCUUUCUUUCCUUUAUUUUAUUUUUGGCCAUCCCAAGCAAGAUGCAGAAAAUUCAGGCCUUCAAAUUGACAUUGUUCAAAGUUCAAAGACCAAGAAGAGAGAUCACAAGCAUGGAGCAAUUGCCACAAGAAUUGGUAUCAAAUAUCCUCUCACGGUUGCCAGCUAAAGAGUUGGUGAAAUGCAAGUCCGUUUGCAAAUCAUGGUUCAAUCUCAUAUCUGAUCCUUAUUUUGCUACCAAUUACUAUGCUUUCUACAACAAUCUCCAGCAACAAAAGGAGCCUCUGUUUGUCAUUCGAAGACCCUUUCUUUCAAGCCUCAAAACUUGCAUUUCAUUGCUUUCUUCUAAUGUCAAUGAUCCCAAAAACCAUGUUUCCUCUGAACUUCUAAACCCUCCCACUCAAUACAAUUCUAACCACACAUACUGGACUGAAAUCAUGGGCCCUUGCAAUGGCAUAUACUUUCUAAAAGGCGAGCCAAAUGUCCUCAUGAACCCUUCUUUGAGACAGUUCAAGGCUUUGCCUGAAUCCAAUUUGUCCAGUGAUGACUAUUAUUCUCUCAAGAAUUAUGCUGGGUUUGGGUUUGACCCCAAAACCAAUGAUUACAAAGUCGUUGUGAUCAAGGACCUGUGGUUUGAGAAUGCAGAACGAAAAACUGGGAAUUGGACAGCAGAAUUAUACAUCCUCAAUUCCAACUCUUGGAGAAACCUUGAUGCAACUCUCCCACUUCCUUUCCAAAUGUGGAGCUCUUCUCAAGUUACUUAUGUGAACAAUUGUUGUCACUGGUGGGGUUUCGUUGAAGAGUGUGGUGUAAAAAAGGAUGUUAUUCUCACAUUUGACAUGGUCACCGAAGUCUUCAGAAAAAUCAGGGUACCCAGGAUUCGUGAUUCUUCAGAAGAAGUUGUCACAACGCUGGCACCCUUUGACAAAUCUGGUACAAUUGGUGUCAUUGUCCACCCUGUAGUUAGUGGAGAUGUGAAAUGCUUUGACGUAUGGGUGAUGAAAGAUCAUUCGGAUGAAGGUUCUUGGAUGAAGCAAUACUCGGUUCGACACACAGAAGUGAUUUAUAAGGUUUUGGGGUUUUAUGGAAGCCAUUGUUCUGUUUCGAACGACGACAAUGAAGGAUUAAAGCCUAGCUCACAACAAAUAAAGGAUCUUCAGGUUUAUGGAAAGUGUGAGGGGUUAAGAGCUAUAAAAUACAUGGAAAGCCUUGUUUCACUACACAGGGGAAAUGAGUUUAGUGGCCAGCUUGUUUCGUGUACCCCAGUUCCAGACCACCUACCAAAUCAGCAAAGGAAUUUCAUUGUUAGUUUGUCCCAGAUGAUGAAGACAUUCCUGAAAAUAUGAUGAUACAAUGGUUAUAUGAUUUUUUUUUUGCUUAAAUAUGUUUUUAAUCCUUGAGAAAUAUAAAUUGAUUCAUUG